AUGGUUGCAGAAGGAGAAACAGCUGAUGGAGAUUUGACCACAUUUUUGUCUCUUAUAAAUACCUGGGAGAACACCCCUCCUAAUUGGGUGGGUUCAGAUCCUUGUGAUGAUUGGGUUGGAAUCAAGUGCAAGAAUUCACACAUUACAUCAAUAACAUUAUCAAGCACCGGUUUGGCUGGUCAGCUUUCUGGAGAUAUUGGAUCACUAUCUGAAUUAGAGACUUUGGAUCUAUCUUACAACAAGGACUUGACUGGACCACUUCCAGAAUCCAUUGGGGAAUUGAAGAAGCUGGCAACCUUAAUUCUUGUUGGUUGUAGCUUCAAGGGUCCUAUUCCAGACAACAUAGGAAAUAUGCAGGAGAUUUUAUAUGCUGUUUCUUAUUCCUAAGGUGUGUAUUUUUUU